CUGAAGAUGGUGAACAAGACCACUCUCCUCCAAGCCUUCGCCAUUCUGGUGCUUCCGGUGUUUUUGGUGACAGUGAUCUUCAACAUCCUCGCCGGUCUCCCAGGCACAGGUGCUUUCGUGUUUCUGACCACAACUGCCGCAAUCUCUGACCGGUUCAUCUCACAAAUAACCCCCGCCGGCUUCACAUUCAUCAUCUGGGGCCUGAUAUACGUCUGGCAGCUCGUGUGGAUCAUCUACGAGCUGACCCUUCUCUGCCGGAAGUCGGCCUCGGGGGAACCCCUCUUUCUGAAACCGAUCCUCCUGACGACAGCAUUCUUCGGCAUCUACAUCCUCAGCCUCGUCCUCAAUGUGUUCUGGUUGUUCAUGUUCGACCGAGAGUUAAUAGGACUGGCAUUCGUGGUUCUGGCUGGCAUCUCAGUCACUCUCUACAUCUGCCUCGGCCUGUCCUACCUAGCUAUGUACAAGAACAGGUUCAUCCUGUCCAAUCAAAGUCGGAGGGUAGAUAUUGUCCUCAUCUCUAUAUUUGUCCACAAUGGUCUGGCCCUGUACGCCGCAUGGACAACUGUGGCCACCUUCAUCAACAUGGCCAUCGUCAUCACCUACCAGUCUCUGCCCCCAAUUGACCCGGGUACUGCCUCAACCAUUGCUCUCGGCUUCCUGGCUGCUGUCAUCAUCAUCUACGUGGUCGUCGACCUCUCCGUAUUUGACAAGUAUACCCGCUACACCUUCACGCCCUAUCCUGUCGUCAUCUGGGCGUUUGUGGGCAUCAUUGCAAGAGGCUAUAAUUUGCUUGACGCUAAUACUAUCUUUAUCUUUGUCCUGUUGGCGCUGACUGUGGUGGCUUUCCUUGUGAAGAUCGCAUUAGCCAUCUACAGAGCAAUGACACAGCCGCUGUUUCCUCCUCCUGGGUCCGGGCCCGAUGAGACCAAGGGAGAAGAGGUGACUCCGGAGGAAGACAUGGAGAAGGCGACCACCACUGUGGAGCCCUCGGUCACAACGAAUGAGGUUGAACAUGAGUAGAGUGAACAUGGAACUGAUGACUUGAAACCAGUUUUAAGGAUUAUCCAUGACAAUUUCUGCUAACUUGACUUCGGCAACAUCCAAGUCUCACGAUUCAGAUGACUAAAAUAGUCCCAAGACCAGUCGUGUCGGGUGGUGGUAUAUAUUCGUUUCUCAGUGCAGGUGCCCUUUGAUAUCACGAUAAGAUAAGACACUAAGUCUUGAUCAAGUGAACACGAACGGGGACGUUCUUUUUGACAGGGUUGCCAUCAUGAGUGGUGAUAGCUCACGUGAAUGAACCUCACAUUUAGAUCUACGCUUUUUCUUUAAUAUGGCUCUGCAUAUAGAUAUUUUAAUGUUGAUUAUAUAGUUAUAUUUGCCACCAUCUUGAAAGACAUUUUCACUCACUUGCAUUUAUUAAAUAUAUUAUCGUAAUAUAUGAUAAAUAUGAAUGCCAUUAACAAACAUAUCGCUAUGAUAAUGGAUCGGUAUUUUCGAGCAAUUUUACACCUUUAUUUUGCAGAUGAAUAAUAAUGGCCGACGGUGCUGUAGCUCACCUGGUAAUUCAGCCUGAUAUUUUCAUUGACAGUUCAUUACCAUUCUGUUGUUUUAGUGUUGCACAGAUUUGCAAUGUAAUCAAAGUGUCACCAGUGAUUCAUCAGGAGAUUGAAGCUUUUUUUUUUAACGUUGUCUGUGGUCGCCGAAGCACAGGUGGACAGCAGGACAUCUGCGUAGACAGUGAGUUGGACAGCAGGACAUAUUUGUAGACAGUGACUUGGACAGCAGGACAUCUUUGUAGACAGCCAGGUGGUCAGUAGGACGUCUUUGUAGACAGUCAGGUGGACAGGCGGACAUCUUUGUAGCCAGUCAGACAUCUUUGUAGACAGUCAGGUGGUCUGUAGGAUAUCUUUGUAGACAGCCAGGUGGACAGAAGGAUAUCUUUGUAGACAGCCAUGUGGUCAGUAGGAUAUCUUUGUAGACGGUCAGGUGGACAGCAGGACAUCUUUGUAGACGGUCAGGUAGUCAGAAGGAUACCUUUGUAGACAGCCAUGUGGUCAGUAGGAUAUCUUUGUGGACAACCAGGUGGACAGUGGGAUAUCUUUGUGGACAACCAGGUGGACAGUAGGAUAUCUUUGUAGACAGCCAGGUGGUCAGAAGGACAUAUUUGUAGACAGUCAGGUGGACAGAAGGAUAUCUUUGUAGACAGCCAUGUGGUCAGUAGGAUAUCUUUGUAGACGGUCAGGUGGACAGUAGGAUAUCUUUGUAGAUAGCCAGGUGGACAGUAGGAUAUCUUUGUAGACAGCCAGGUGGACAGAAGGAUAUCUUUGUAGACAGCCAUGUGGUCAGUAGGAUAUCUUUGUAGACGGUCAGGUGGACAGCAGGACAUCUUUGUAGACGGUCAGGUAGUCAGAAGGAUACCUUUGUAGACAGCCAGGUGGUCAGAAGGAUAUCUUUGUAGACAGCCAUGUGGUCAGUAGGAUAUCUUUGUGGACAACCAGGUGGACAGUGGGAUAUCUAUGUGGACAACCAGGUGGACAGUAGGAUAUCUUUGUAGACAGCCAGGUGGACAGAAGGAUAUCUUUGUAGACAGCCAUGUGGUCAGUAGGAUAUCUUUGUAGACGGUCAGGUGGACAGUAGGAUAUCUUUGUAGACAGCCAGGUGGACAGUAGGAUAUCUUUGUAGACAGCCAGGUGGACAGAAGGAUAUCUUUGUAGACAGCCAUGUGGUCAGUAGGAUAUCUUUGUAGACGGUCAGGUGGACAGCAGGACAUCUUUGUAGACGGUCAGGUGGUCAGAAGGAUACCUUUGUAGACAGCCAGGUGGUCAGAAGGAUAUCUUUGUAGACAGCCAUAUGUGGUCAGUAGGAUAUCUUUGUGGACAACCAGGUGGACAGUGGGAUAUCUUUGUAGACGGUCAGGUGGUCAGAAGGAUAUCUUUGUAGACAGCCAGGUGGUCAGAAGGAUAUCUUUGUAGACAGCCAGGUGGUCAGUGGGAUAUCUUUGUGGACAACCAGGUGGACAGUAGGAUAUCUUUGAUCUUUGUAGACAGUCAGGUGGACAGCAGGACAUCUUUGUAGACAGUCAGGUGGUCAGUAGGACAUCUUUGUAGACAGUCAGGUGGUCAGCAGUAUAUCUUUGUAGACAGUCAGGUGGUCAGCAGGAUAUCUUUGUAGACAGCCAGGUUGUCGGUAGGAUAUCUUUGUAGACAGUCAGGUGGUCAGUAGGUCAUCUUUGUAGACAGUGAGUUGGACAGCAGGACAUAUUUGUAGACAGUGAUUUGGACAGCAGGACAUCUUUGUAGACAGCCAGGUGGUCAGUAGGACAUCUUUGUAGACAGUCAGAUGGUCAAUAGGUCAUCUUUGUAGACAGCCAGGUGGUCAGUAGGACAUCUUUGUAGACAGUCAGGUGGUCAGUAAGACAUCAUUGUAGACAGUCAGGUGGUCGGUAGGAUAUCUUUGUAGACAGUCGAGUGGUCAGUAGGACAUCUUUGUUGACAACCAGGUGGACAGUAGGACAUCUUUGUAGACAGUCGGGUGGUCAGUAGGACAUCUUUGUAGACAGUCGGAUGUUCAGUAGGACAUCUUUGGAGACAGUCGGGUGGUCAGUAGGACAUCUUUGUAGACAGUCGGGUGGUCAGUAGGACAUCUUUGUAGACAGUCGGGUGGUAAGUAGGACAUCUUUGUAGACAGUCGGAUGUUCAGUAGGACAUCUUUGGAGACAGUCAGGUGGUCAAUAGGACAUCUUUGUAAACAGUCAUAUGACGAGUACACACAUGACGGGGGACAAAGUAACCACCCUGAAAAUUUGAUUCUGUUCCCAAAACCAGUACAUUUAUAGUUCAGUGUCUGGUUUUUCCCGAACCGUUUUCUGUCUCUACCAAAUAUCCACCUCCCCAUAAAUGCCGGACCCCCACCCCGUUCAUAGUCUCCGGAAUACUACGUAGUCUUGUUCUUGUUUUGAGCGGGAAUACAUGGCGAUACCAGAUACAUAUCGAUGUUCUAGGAUGUGUCUGAAUACUGCUAUCAACUUACUAAUAACUUCAGCCAGGUGUUUUAAUAUUUAAUUUAGGACCGAGGCUCCACUUUCUUCAACCUGCAGUGACACACCUGAGGGGACCAUCUCAAAACCCAUGCGAUGUUUUAAAGUCGAUUCAUUUCAACAAGAGAUGGUUAGAAACGCCAUUAAGACUCUGUAUAAACAAAAUAUCUAUGAAUCUCUCCGUACUCUAAAAACAUAUAUGGAGACAAAUCAUUCUUUGACCAUUUCAAAAUAUCAGUUAUGGAAAUUGCUACACCAAUUUGGUUUCCGUUACAAAAAAGUAGGCUCCGACAAUAGACAUGCAUUAUGCGAGAGGUCUGAUUGUUCGCCUAAGGAACCAUUUCUUACGCACAAUACGAGAAAAACGUUACGAGGGUUAUGAGCCCGUAUACUUGGACGAAACGUGGGUAAACGCUUCCCAUACCACAGGAACACAAUGGUUCCCUAGCUCCUCCUCUGAUUUCUGUGCAGGAAAUUGCCACUUGGCAAGGGUGAGCGGCUUAUUGUGCUCCAUGCUGGCUGCAAGAGUCGGGGAUUCCUACCAGGCUGUUCGCUAGUCUUCAAGGCAAAAUCCAAGGACAACCGAGACUAUCAUACCGAAAUGAACGGAGCGGUAUUCCUAGAAUGUGUUAAAACUCAACUGCUACCGGUAUUGCUCCCCAAGAGUCUGGUUGUCAUGGACAAUGCUCCAUAUCAUGGCGUUCAGGUACCUAACACAAAAGCCCCAACGUCUAACAGUAGGAAGGGCGAUAUGACAGACAGACAGACAGAUAAAUUUAUUCGAUACUUUAGGCCACCGGCCCAUAAUACAAUGGAAAUAUACUGUAUAUAUAUUUGCAUGCUGAAUAGAUUUAAUAAUGAUUUACCGUUUCCUUUCGAUAUUCAUGACUUGGGAGAGAAAUUUACCUAAGCUUUUUUAUAAUUUGUUCGUUUUCAGCUGACAAAAGUCUUAUAAAAUUCUCAAUAGAGGGAGGGGUAACGAGACGCUUGGGAAAAGAGUUUCUUCUUGCUCUAGAAUACUGGUCAUAAAUCAUGAGAACAUGGAAUUCAUCUUCAGCAUGGUUAUGUCCCUUUGAAAAACAGAAAGUGCAUACACGUUCAUUAUAUGGGAUGUUGUUGUGACGCCCCAGUUCAACAGCAAGUCUGAAAUUAUUACACCGGAACAUGGCUAUAAGUCUACGUUGGUAAGAAGACAUAACACAAGUAAUAUAUGAUUCCACAUUUAGUAAUGAAUUGAACUGUGAGUAGUAAUUGCAUUUCGUAGAUGAUGACAGGGAAAAGUGCCAAUAUUGAUUGAGGCAGUCGUAAAAUCUUCGUUUAAAAUAUGUCAUGAAAUGUUGAAUAUUACCAAUGUCUUGGUUUAGCCAAACAAAACCAAAUCCAAACUGGAAUAAAAUCAUUCUAAUGUGUGAUACAAGUCAAGUUUUAAUCCAUAUCAUCAAAUAACCGCCCGUUUAGUACAUGGACAUCACGUGUGCAACAUAAUUUUGCUCGUUUGACACCGUAACUGUUGUGUCGAGUGUCAUCCUUUGUUUUACGGGGAAUAUCGAACCCAGCAGUUGGAUAGUCAUCACUGUUCUCAUGGAUGAAGUUGAGGUCAUCAGCUGGGAUAUAAUCCAGAAAUGUACGCAUCCUUGCAUUGAAAUCUCCAGCAAGUAGUGGGUUAUGAUUGUUAUAGAUAUUUUUGAUUGUCUCAAUAUAUCCCUCAAGACGACUUAUUGGAUCAAUGUUAGCCUCAUUAUUAACAGGGGAGUUUUCAGGCGAGAUAUAAACACAUAUUGAAACUGAAUCUUUUUUGUAAUCCAAAAUAACUUCUUUGAAAGUGCAACACAACACAGUCGAUAAAUGAAUGACAUAUUCGACGAAUAAGAUUGUUCUUGAUUAAAUUAUCUUUCACCAAUACGGUUACACCACUACUGUAACGGCCACGUUGUUUAUGUUUAGGUCGACAAAAGUUAAAUGAUUGAAAACGGACAAUAGAUCAAGUCAUCUUCCUGCUUAACAAACGACUCACAGAAACUAAUAAUGUCGCAUCUACUGCAGAACUGUUUAAAAUCACUAAAUGAAGAGCUCGCGUGUUUGUACAAUCCAUCAAU